AUGUCAGUUCUCAGGGGUGGCUCGUUCUUCCAGAGACGGCUCACGAAACUCUAUACAGAUACCAAAUCAUCAUGCGAAAGUGUCUCUACUGCCUCAAGGCCGAAUGAUGACCCAGAGUUGAUAUCCCUUAACCAGAGUCUUCGGACGCAAAAGGACCGCUUGCUAGCAUGGGGCCUAGAUUGGAGCGAUGCAAAUGCGGCACAGCCUAAUGAUAUCGACGAAGCCCUGGCUGAGGCUGGCUUCAGCGAUGUGGUCGCCAGCACCAUGUCUUCUAUUCAGGGGCUCCUGAAUGAAGCAGAGAGGAUGCAGCAGCCCGACAUUCCCAAAUCCUCUUCAGAUGGAUUGACGACUGGGGUUGUCAAGACGACGUGGACGGAUAGCGAAAUAUCGAGGUCCAAGGUAUUGCUGGACGAGCUGACGGCGAAUAUUGAUACGCUCUAUCUACUGUCUCGAUCUCGACGAAAUAUGACCAUGAACAUCUCAAACAACCAAUCGCAGCCACAGAGUCCUCACUCUCCAUAUUUACGCCGAUCGGAAAAGGUGUCAAAGAUGUCGAUGUACCCAAUGUCGUCCGACUCUAAAGCAGGUUCAGGCAAAAAUUCCCAUUCAAGGAAAGAUAAUUACAAAGGAGAUAUCCGUUUAGCUGGUGGUUCCGAGCAAUUUUCUAUGAGCAGCCUUGGUUUACAUGUCAACACGUCUACUCCGAGCCACAGUGUCGUCCCUGACGAAAAACUCCUUCCCGCCUUAUCCUUCACCAAAGAAUUUUACAUUGCGCGUGAAGCCCUUUACCUUUCUAAUGGCGGAAUCACCCAUGCUUCGAAUCCCCCGCCAUAUGAACCAGUUGCAGCGUCGUCGAAUUCUCGAAUCACAGGGCGCCUGCAUUCGUCGGCUAUUCCAGCCCUCCUUGCUGAAGGAGUGCACGGCACUUCGGUUCCUGUCUUGGUCGAAUUCUCGCCGAUACUUAUGGAAAUGCAGCAUUCAUUGGUAUUACCGAAAAAGCAAAGAUUGCAGCACCUCAGUCAAACCCUCCAGCGACUAGUUGACAAUGCUAGGGUCUCCCAUCUUGGAUUACUGAAGUUCUUGGGUUAUUUCAUCGAUAUGACGCAUUCUCGUUAUGCAUUCAUUUAUCAAAUGCCAACGAGUAUCCUCUCCCUACCAAGGCAACCUUCCGACCCAACACAGCCCAAGCCUCUUGUAUCUCUCCUGCUCUCCGGUACCGAUCAUCAGGAAGCCCCGGUUCCGAAUCUCGAGAUCCGUUUCCAACUGGCGUAUAGCCUUGUUCUUGCUGUUUUGCAUAUGCGGAGCCAAAACCUCGUUCACGGGAAUAUCAGCAGUCAUAAUGUUUUGAUAUUUCCCGGCAUCGAGGUAUCCAAUCAUGGCACUGUGGAUAACUUUCCUGCUGAUUUUCGCCAUCCAUACUUGACCUCGAUGGUUCAACUCGAAAGUGAAAACAAGAACGCACCACCCGAACCUCUUUCCUCUAGCAUGUACCGCCACCCGGACGAUCGAAGAAUUAUCGCAGACCAAUCGUCAUGGGCAUAUGACCUUUAUAGCCUAGGCCUGGUCCUACUUGAAAUUGGCCUAUGGACGCCUAUUAGCAGGCUCUGGAAAAUGAAGUAUACCAAUUCUAUGUUCAAAUCGAGGAUUGAAAAUGUUUACAUCAAGAAACUCGGCGCCAAGUGUGGAGGAGCAUAUUUACAAGCGGUUCAGCUCUGCCUUGAUGCGCCCAAUUUUCACUUGUCGACAUCACCUAUGUCCGACCUGAGUUUGCGGAUUCCACACACGUACCAUUAUCCAUGGAACGAACCGGCAAAAGCUAACGAGUGGGACACUUUCUCAAAGAACUUCGCCUAUACAAUCGGAAAGGUUAUAUUUAGGUGUUGUAGCCUCGAUAUACUCGCUCCGCCUCCUGAUACCGAUCUCGAAGAAUCUCUCCCGCCUCCUUUGAGCUUGGAAAAUGAGUCGCACUCAUUCCAAGAAAUACCUCCGCAAGAUCUUGGUCUGCCUACGGUUGAACCCGUUGUGCCCAUCGACCUUGAGAAUGAAGCUGUGCCCUCAAUGGAUCACGCUGGAUCCAACUUGAAGUCUGAACCGAACGAGAGAAAAGUUCGCAAACGCACUCUCAAAAAGUGGUCGAACAUUGAAAUACCAGAUUACCACUUACAGGCCUGGAACAAAACACUGAUGCCAAAGUUAAGCAAAUUGCUCCAAAAGAUUCUGAAAGAUUCAACAGAAUCCUGCAGUGCUACUUUAAUGGUUGCCGGUGAGACUGCCGAAGCCGCCAAAACGACAAUCUGUGUGACUUGCGCAAAUGUGCGCAAAGUAAAAGCCGCAUUGAAGAAGCACUUUGAGUAUGACCGCGAAAACUGGGAUUUAAUAGUUAUCAGAGGAGAUAUCACGCGAUCAAAAGUACCUCGACGACGUCGAAAAAAGGCUAAAAACAACAAAGCAACAGACACAAGUUAUAUGGAUUUGAACCCUCAUUACUGUCAAAGGCCUAUCUGCGGUGCCUCAAUUGGCGCAUUUCGUUCAGAUGAGCACCUCCCACCAGUUUCGUAUGGAGGUGCAAUUCUCGUGGAUGGUAUGCCUUAUGGAAUGACCGUUCAUCAUAUGCUAGACAAUCCCUGCGAUGAGGACGAAGAGGACGACUGUCCUCCUCGAUCGGCAGGUAAUUACACGCAGAACCUGGAAAUGCAAGAUCAGGAUUUCGCUUAUUCUUGGUGCGAUGAUGUUCCGCCAGAGGCUCUGUACCCGUUUGAAAUCACUGACAGUGAGGGUGCUGACGAUCAAUCUAUCGCUCAAAGCAUUGACGAGUCUUUUGAUGACAACUGGUUGUCUGAUGGCUAUUCAAGCGAUGAAACGGAGGAUGUUGGCGACUUUGAUAUUGAUGACGAUGCAGCUUCAAUUGGAGAUACUGUAGGGGUGGACCCUUUCGACGAACCACGGAUCAUAGUCACUCAACCGGCUUUGGACGACGUGGAGGACGGCUUCUUUCCUGACCCAGAAGAUAGAGACGAUGAGCACCUUGCAUGUCACUCACUGGGAUAUGUCCACGCAUCUUCUGGCCUGCGACGAUGGACCCGGGAUGGAAUCAAACAUGAAGUUGACUGGGCGCUCAUUAAAAUUGACCCUGAGCGUAUCGAUGCUACAAAUGUGGUACCGAUUGCCACCACUUCCUCCGCGCCUUCACAGCAGCAAAGAAAUUAUCAUCCGUCUAGCAGUUUUCAACAAAACCCUCAGGGCCAGUUCCAGAAUCUCACCAAAGUAGCGAAGGUCGAUGAACUAGGAGGUUUGCAUGUGCAAUGUUGUGGAAGAACAAGUGGCUUGCAAAGCGGACGUAUAUCCAAGGCAAUGACUCUUGUAAAAAUGCCCGGUCGGCAUUCAUUCUCCGUCAGCUUUUGCGUUGAUGGCAAUUUCGGAGGUAUACCAUACCCUCUUCUGCAGGCCAGUUCCGUUUCCCUGCUAAUGUCAAACUGUUCCACAGUUCCCGGAGAUUCUGGUGCAUGGGUAUUCGACAAAACUGGCCAGGUCUGCGGCCACGUUCUCGCAUGGUCCGAAAAGAACCGAACCGCAUACAUCGCACCCAUGGAGAUCCUCCUCGAUGACAUUGCCCGCACCCUGGGCGCCAGGAGUGUCGCCCUUCCAGGAAGUGAAGAAGAACUAGCCUGGCAAAGCGCCAUGACCGCCGCGGCCUCCUCUCGUGCAAACUUCACCGCAGCACCCACGAAACAUAAUCUCAAUGUUGUCACAGACCAGUUACCAUUGGAGCUGGGUAGACUGGCAUUGGAUCGCCUAGACGAGCCGCCACGUGCAUUGCAGGGUUCCGGACCUCCUACUACGACCGGUGUUAGGAAUCCAGGAACAACAACUUCGACCACUGCUGCACCAACUAGCUUGAUAUCCGAUGAUAAUGCCAACAAUGAUCACAAUGAUGCUAUCCAUGAUGAUGAUAAUGAUUGA